UCAACUUGUUGCCUGUCAGAAAAGCAACACAUGUUCCAUAUAAUGUUGAAGAUCGUGUAGAAUGCUUGCUCGUGAGACCCAGAAGAUACGCUAUGCCAUUUCCCGAUGGAAACCAGAAAGAUGAUGCUCAUACAGUUUUCCAGAAUGUAGGUAUGAAGAUAGCAACAAACCUGGUUAUCAGAGUGCCAACAUGCCUCAAGUACAGAGGAAGAGAAUACCACCAGGACCAUGGCUAUAGUUAUGACAAUAGUCUUGUGGUAUCCAGUAUGGAAAGUUCAUCAGGGUCAACGGCUGGUACAAACAAUUCUCCUGAUGAUUCACCAAUUGAGACCGUUCGAACUUUCUUCCCUGAGACCUGGAUAUGGGACCUGUUGGAAGUUGGAAAGUCUGGAACAAAGGAUAUGUCCGUCACAGUCCCAGACACCAUCACCACCUGGGAGACGGAGGCAUUCUGUUUGUCCUCUCAAGGUUUUGGCUUGGCUCCUCGUAAAGAGAUCACUGUCUUCCAGCCCUUCUUCCUCGAGCUCAGCCUGCCCUACUCCAUCAUCCGAGGGGAGCACUUUGAACUGAAGGCAACUGUCUUCAACUACCUGACCAGCUGCAUCAUGGUAACUCAUGUUUUCACAUGA